AUGGGGGGCGGAUCGCUGUUCCAGGUCGGCAACACGGUCGAGUUCUGGCGGGUGCUCGUGCACUUGAGCGUCCUGGCCUUCUGUCUGGUUAUCUUUGAAGCCGCGCUGCACCACGUGGAGCACAAACUCGCGCGUUAUGACAAGUAUCAGCAAAUGCUUCGAAAGGGCUACAGAGAGCUCAUGAUCCUGGGCUUGCUCAGCCUCGGACUGAAGGUCAUCAAGGAGAUCCCGGGCAUUCAGGCCGACAGCAAGACGAUGCUGGCGUUCCAGGUGGCCGACCUCUCCAUCUUCAUCCUGGCGCUUGCUCUCAUUUUCCAGGCGAUCACCAUCUUCUCGCAGCUCCGCAAGCACAACAACAUGGGCGAUCGCACGGAGCUCAUCACGGCUCAAGAUCUGGUCGACUCGAUGAAUCCGUCGCCACUCGCAGCGUCAACAGCUUCAGGGAUCAGACGCUCUUCCUGGUACCUUUGGCCGCAAGAAACUAAAUCGUACGGCAUGGAGGUGGUGGAACAGCGACUGCUUCGACACCUCUUCCUUCGGCGCUUCGGACUGCCUCAGCUCUUCCCGUUCUCAAAGUACCUGCGUCGAGCUCAAGCCAACCAGAUCUCGCACAUGAUCGAGGUAGAACCGUCCACGUGGGUGCUUCUACUCGCUGUGGCAUGGGGGAUCUGCGGUUUCGUUACUAUACUGGAAGACCUCAUCGAAGACCUGCCCGAGAGUCGAGACCUCGUCGAAGUGUUCGUGGCUUUUGCGUGGAUUCUAGUCGGACUUCAUGUUGCAGUCUUACUCUACUUCCGGACGUGCAUCCGGCAGAUUCUCUUAGCUGCGGGCUACAGUGACGACAGGGAUAAACUGAUUGAUAACCUCGAAUCGAUCGCCCAAGACGAAGCCGUUGCGUGGCGCAACGAAGCUGCCGACAGCGCGUUGGACGCCAUGAACCGCGUCCAAGAAGAGCUCGAAGAGGCUGAAGAUAACCGCAAUUCGCAGCGUCACGCGCUACUUCGGCAUGACACGGGGCUCCAGCUACUGGUAACCUGUUAUCGUAACGUCAGGCGUGUGGGUGUUGUUGCCAAGCCCCGAGGAACCAUCGGCGUGCAGCCAGAGUCGCCGGACCUCAACAUCCUAUACUUCUCUCGCAAGACCUGGCACGUGGUGGUCAUUUUCCUAUUAAUGGUUAAUGGAUUCUUCAUCGCGCUGCUGAUCCAGUGUGCGGUGUACGACUUGGACGAAGUGUACGGAGACUUCGGCUUGAUCCCGGCCAUCAUGGUCCCGCUCCCCGUGCUCUUGAACACUUUUGUGCUCCAGCAGCGCAUGUUCCGCUACUUCGUGGCGGUUUGCAGCAUCAUCCGCGCGGACGCCGGCACCAUGGGGGAAGUCGUGAACCACUUCAGUGAGAUCGUGGAGCUGCGGUCCGAGUUCGCGGCUACGCUGCUGGAGCGCUUGAGGCAAGAAGACUGCUCGGUCCUCGACUUACGCGCCGAGCUGGACGCCUACGACCCGCACAAGACCGGCAUGAUUGACGUGGAUCAGCUCCGGUAUAUCCUCUCUGCGUUCGGCUACCGACUUACGCGGUUCCGAUUCAACAGCGUCGCGAUGCUGUUGUUUGAACUAAGUGGCACAAAGGUUGAGUACGGCCAGCUCCUUCGACUGCUGAUGGUUUGUCAGGCCGAAUCUCCCCGUGUAAGUGCUCAAGGGAACCAACGGCGCCAGCAUCCGCUUCUACGCCAAAGCAUCAUGUCGUUCAACGACAACGCGCGAAGCUUCCGCUCGGACAGGAUGACGACGCUAUCUGCCCAACAAAGACCGCUACUGGCACGGACCAGCAUGGGCUCGGACACGAGAGCGAGCGACUUCGUGGUGUUAACCACGCCUACGUUGCCACCGAUGAGUCGAAGGUCCAUUAACGCUGCGUCCGACCCACAAGCUAACAUGAAGCAGAGCAACGGAGUUCGCCCACGCAACCCCGUGCUGGACCGCAGCCACUCGCACCAGUUUCCUAGCUCGACGUCGAGAACACUCCACGACAUGUUCAACAUUCAGAGGGCUUCGGACUCCCGGAUACAGACAGCCUCCGACGACGCGUACACAGUACUGUAA